AUGCGUAAUCCCCCGAGCCCCCUGACGCUCAGCAAGUCGCUGACGAAGCUCCAGGGCAUAGUGGAGGCUUGCGACCCCAAGGUCAUCCUAAUCUCCGGGGAUGUCAACCACCUGAGACUGGCGUCCAAGCUCAACUUUGUGUCGUCCGCGCGACGCCUGUGGCCCGACCUCCCGUACAAGGUCGCAAGAUCAUCAGGAGUUUCUCAGUGGGGGGGGCAUCUCGAAGUGGCUCGGGGGGGGGGGGGGCAACCCGGGCGGAAGGGGGUAGGGGUGGAGAGCUUUGACGAGGAGUCUCUGGGGGAGGGCGAUGUGGCGUUUUUGCAGUUUACCUCCGGCAGCACGUCGGAGCCGAAGGGUGUGAUGGUGACCUUCGGGAACCUGGGGCACAACGCUCGCUUCAUCUCGCGCAUGUCUGAGAAGUCGUUCGAGUCGCGAGGGUUUUCUUUCUCCGGGCGAGCGGAGGGGGGGGGGGUCCGUGGUUUCUCCUGGCUACCCCAGUACCACGACCUGGGCCUAGUCAUGUGCACCCUCACGCCCUUCGUGAGCGGCUGGCGCAUGGGCUACAUGUCUCCGCUGGACUUCGUGCGGAAGCCCCUCCUCUGGCUGCGGCUGCUCUCGGCCGAGAGGGCCAUGUUCGGCUGCGCCCCGGAUUUUUCGCUCAGGCUCUGCGUGCGAAAGUGGAACGAGGCCACUCCAGAGGUUCGAGCGUCCAUGACCGACUCUGUGGACCUGAGUGCCUUGAACUGGAUCCAGAACGGUGCCGAGCCCAUCCGAGCCUCGUCGAUUCGCGACUUCGCGGCGACGUUCGAGGGGUUAGGGCUCAGCCCCGCCUACUGCGGCACUGCCUAUGGCCUAGCGGAGCACGUGGUGGGCGUCUGCCAGCACGAGGCUAACCUGGGGAGAAGGCCUCUUUCUGAGCUCACCGACGAGGACUUGGAGUGCGUGGGGCAGCUGGAGAGGCUCUCCGAGGGGUCGAAGCUGAAAAUUGUCGAUCCCGAGACGAGGCGAGAGGUGGCGUUGGGCGAAGUAGGGGAGCUUUGGCUUUCGUCCCCGUCUGUGGCGGCGGGCUACUGGGGACAACCAGAGCUGACAGAGGAAGCUUUUAACGCCAGGGUUGUCGGGGAAGAGCAAGGGGAGGGUUCGGACAACCCCACAGGGACCGUAUUCCUGCGCACGGGAGACCUCGCCAGGCUGGAGACUGGGGGCUCCGGCCGCCUCUUCAUCUCGGGCAGGAUCAAGGACCUUAUCAUCGUGAGGGGAAGGAACCUCUACCCCCAGGAUGUGGAGUUCGCGGUCCAGGAGGCCAGCAGCAUAGUCCGACCAGGGUGCGUGGCGGCCUUCUCCACCACCGAGCUCGGUGGAGAGCUAGAGGUGGUGCUGGAGGUGCGUAAGAGCGCGGAAGGGGACCCAGACGGUCUCUCCGAGGGCCUGGAAGCCGUCCGACGCGCCAUCGCCUCCGAGGGGUGCUAUCCUUCCAGGGUGGUGGCCAUCAAGGAGAAGACCAUCCCCAAGACCACAAGCGGCAAGAUUCAGCGCCGCAGGUCCAGGGAGAUGUUGCACCAGGGUGCACUCUCGGUCAUCACCGAGCUCACCGCACCGUCUGGCGCUCUGGAGCCGGCCUCUUCUACAGCCGCCGCCGCCGCAGUUUCGGGGGGGGGCGUAGCCGCAGCAGCGUCGACCUCGUCGGAAUCGGGGUCGGAACCAUCGUCCUUGUCGUCGUCGCUGUCUUCCUGGGUGUCCGCGUCUGUACCGGUGCCCCCCCGCCCGGCCUCCUCCUCCUCCUUAUCGUCUGAAGCUUCUGAUGCCGCCGCCGCCGCCGCCGCUGGUGCUGCUGCUGUGGCAUCGCCCACGGCUUCACAGCCGCCAACGGGGGGGUCUGAAGGUGCUGCUACUGCCGGCAGCACUGACUCCUUGGGGGCAUAUCAAGAGGGGGGGGAGGGUCUCCGGCAGGACCAGCUGCGGGGACCCCGGGGGGUCGGUGACGACAACGCCGGGGGGGCCGCCGGGAGGGAGUCGUCGGACGGCGACGCCAGCCUGCUGUCGAGGCAGAAGGACGAGAGGCUGGACGCGCUGACCAAGCUCGUCGUCAGCACGGCCACGGACGUUCUCAGGGGUCGUGCCAUCUCCCCGGACCAAGCCCUCUUCGACGCUGGCUUCGACUCCAUCACCGCGGAGGAGUUCGUGGGCAGGCUGCAAGAGCGCCUGUCGAGCGGGGGUUGGGUGUCCGGCGGCCUGCCGGGAGCCGAGGCGGUGGUCUCGUCGACAACGGUGUUCGACUGCCCCACUGCGAGACACAUCGCUGAGCACGUGGAAGGCGCUCUGAGCAAGACGGGGGCUGGAGACGGCGUAGCGACGGAUGGUCCUCAGGCCAGCAGCACGGAAUCCGGAGACGGAGGGGGAAGCGGUCAUUCGCUGGCGGUUGUGGGCAUAUCUUGCCGCUUCCCGGGAGGCUGUGACAGUCCCGAGGCGUUCUGGGAUUUCCUUCGGAAGGGUGCCGACGCCACGUCGGGGGUGCCAUCGGACCGCUGGAGCACUACCACCGGGGAAGGGAUGUUCACUCAGGAGGGGGCCCCGGCGAAUGGCAAGCCCGGCAACAUCGAGACCCGCGGGGGUUUCCUGCCCGAGGGGGAGGCCUGGGGGUUCGACGACUCAUUCUUCGGGGUACCCCCCGCGGAGGCCCGGUGCAUGGAUCCGCAGCAGCGGAUGAUGCUCGAGGUCGGUUACGAGGCGCUGCACCGUGCGGGCUUCACCCGAGACUCCCUCCGCGGCAGCGAUACGGGCAUCUUCGUGGGGGCCUGCGGAACGGACUGGGCCACCCUGCUCGCCGAAGGGGGGGCGGCGGCUCCGCGCGGCCCGUACACCAGCACGGGAGCUGCGUCUUCCAUGCUCGCCAACCGCCUCUCCUUCACGCUGGGGACGGUGGGGCCGAGCAUGACGGUGGAUACCGCGUGCUCCUCGUCGCUGGUGGCCCUGCGGCAGGCGUGCCUGCACCUCAGGGAGGAGGGGGGCCCGCGAGUGGCGCUGGUGGGUGGGGUCAACCUGCUGCUGUCGCCGGGUCCGUUCGAUCUCUUCUCGAAGACGGGCAUGUUGGCGCCGGACGGUCGCUCGAAGGCGUUUUCCGCCGGGGCCGACGGUUACGGCCGAGGGGAAGGCUGCGGCGCCGUGGUGCUCAAGAGGCUCGAGGACGCCACGAAGGACGGGGACAGGGUGCUCGCUGUCAUCAAGGGGUCAGCGGUGGGGCACAACGGAAGAAGCGCGACCCUCACCGCCCCCAACGGCACGUCGCAGAAGAACACCAUAGCGGCGGCUCUCCGAGAGGCUGGGAUCGCACCUAAAGAGGUUUCCUACGUGGAGGCUCAUGGUACUGGGACUGCUCUGGGCGAUCCGGUAGAGUUCGGGGCGCUCAAGGCCGUCUACGGACCCGAAAGGACCGCGGAAAGCCCUCUCGUCAUCGGAGCGGUCAAGUCGAACAUUGGACAUCUCGAGGGAGCCGCAGGUAUCUCGGGCCUGAUCAAGACCAUCCUCGUGCUGGCACACGGGUCGGCGCCGCCCAACCUCCACGCGUCCGAGGUGAACCCCCGCAUCGACCUGUCCUCCCUCCCGGCGGUUCUCCCCGCCCCGGGGUCACCAACACGCCUCCUCCUCCGCCCCCGCCGCGGCCGCGGGCCAGUCACUUCUUUCUUCUCCGCCGGUGGAGACGAGGAGCAAGAACAAGGUAACCCGCAGGAGGAGGGGGGAGGAGGGGGAGAAGCUGCUCUCGGAGAUGGCCCCCGACCGCCGUUGCUCGGAGCCGUGAGCUCGUUCGGGUUCGGGGGCACGAACGCCCACGUUGUCCUGGAGGGCAAGGACGGUGCCUUUGGCGGAGGGGAAGGGGGUGCGCCGUCCCCUGUCCCCGGGGUGGCGUUCCUGUUCACCGGGCAGGGGUCGCAGUACCCCGGGAUGGGCCGGGAGUUGUACGAGAGCUACGGCGAGUUCAGGGCGGUAGUGGACGCGUGCGACGAGGAGCUGGCGGGCGUGCUGCCGAGGCGGCUAUUGUCGGUGCUCUACGGGGACGAGAAGGACGCAGCGAAACUUCUGGCGACCACUCGCUACGCCCAGCCCGCGCUGUUCGCCGUGGAGUGCGCGACGGCGGCAACCCUUCGUGCCGCUGGAGUGGUGCCCUCGGCUGUGAUGGGUCACUCCCUGGGGGAGCUCGCGGCGGCCUGCGCGGCCGGUGUCAUGACUCUUCGGGAGGGCGUUCGCCUGGUCGCUGAGCGAGGUCGGCUGAUGGACGACGACGCUUCGACCACGGGGAGAGCACGCGAAAGCGAAACGGCCGACGAGGACGGGCCCGAGUGCAUGGCCGCGGUGCGGUGUCCCGAGAGCACAGCGUUGGCGGCGGCGGCGCUCCACGGAGGCGGCGGCCGCGUGUCGGUGGCGGCCGUGAACGGGGCCGACUCCGUCGUGCUGUCGGGGCCCCGCAGACUGGUGGAGAUGGUGUCGGCAGCCGCAUUGGCUUCAUCGUCUCCGUCGCCGCCGCCCGCCGCCGAGAAGCAGGCCGGGCCCGCCGCCGUCGGCGUCGGAGACUCCGAUCCGGGGAACAACGGUAGCAGUAGCGGCGGUAGCUUGUCCGCGCUCGGCCUAGCCGCGAACGGUGGUGGCGGGGGAGCGGGAGUCAACAGGAACCCUUCCGGGUUUAGCACCCGCCACAUGAGCUGGCUGGCCGGCGCGAAAACGCCCGUCGUCCCAAUCGCCGGCAGUGGCGGUGGCGGCAAGGCCGCGGUCGACGGGUCUGAGUCGACGGGCUCCGUGUCCCCCAGCAUCGACUCCGAGGAGGGGGAGAGGACUAACAACGCCGGGUCCGACACGACCUCGAGCACCGAUGGCGCUAUGUCUGACGGAGCGCUCUCCGACGGCCCGCUGUCCGAUGAUGCCGGGCUGUUGUCUGGCGGCGGCGGCGCCGGCGGCGGCGUACCGGGGAUGGGGGCGUGCGCCUCCCCCCCUUCCUCCUCGCCGAGGAAGUUCAGCGGCUACAAGUCGUUGCCGCCGCCGCCGCCGCCGCCCUCCAACGGCCACAGUGCUUGCGACAACGGCGGCGCGACUGGUGCGAACGGCCACGCCAUACCUAACGGUGCUGCUGCUGCUACUGCUGCUGCUGGCAUUUGCGGAGGACAGAACACCGGCGACAAUGCGGCGGCUUCCGCCUCCCUCCCCGACCUACCCGCCGACCGCUUCCGGAUACUCCAGGGGGUCUCCCGCGCGUUCCACUCCCCGGCGAUGGCGGCGGCGGCGGCGGGCACGGAGGCGGCCGCUCGCCGCGUCUCGCUGCGCGACCCGGACGUGCCCCUUGCGAGCAACGUCACCGGCCGCCUCGCCCGGGAGGGCGAGCUGACGGACCCGGCCUACUGGGGGCGCCACGUCCUCGGCACCGUGAGGUUCCACGACGGCCUUACCACGCUGACGACGUCUUCCGCCGGGCAGCAGCAGCAGCAGCAGCAGCAGCAGCAGGCGGCGGGGUCGCCACUGUCGGAGAGGAUAACCACGUUCGUUGAGGUGGGGCCGUCCGCGCUGCUCUGCCGCAUGGGCCGGAGGGCGCUGCGGGCAGCGCCGCGGGCAGCGCCGCGGGCAGCGCCGGGGGCGAGCUGCGGCGGCGGCGAUGCGAGAGAUAGGACGGCGGUGGCGGACUCCCCGCGGUGGAUGGCCGCCAUGUCCCCGGACGAAAGGGCGGCGGGCAAGCGCGGGCUGGGCCACGUGGUGGGCGCGGUCAGGGGCGUCCACUACCGCCGCAGGUCGUACCCUUGGAAGAACGGAGGUUCGGCGGCCUCGCUUCCGGCCGGAGCGAAGGCGGUGGCCGCUGGUGCGUCGCGACGCAACGGCGGCGGCGAUCGAGGGCGGCGGCCGCCCCUCCGGCUGCUGGAGACGAAGUGGGUCCGCGUCGGAGAGCUCUCGUCGUCAGGCGCGGACGGGAGUGUUGAGGGUGGGAGGAAGCGGAGCGAUUCAACGGCGACGGCGGCGACAGAAGCCGGCGGCGACGACGACGUCGUUGACGGGGAGCCGCCGUUGACGGAGGAAGUGGUCUGGCUCCUGGCCGGGCGAGACGGACGCGAGCUACGCUUCUCUCUCCGACGCUGUCUCGAGCGACGACGGGGGCAAGGGGGGUUGCCUUGCUCAUCUGUUGACAGUCGGGCCGACCGCGGCGGGAGGAGAGACCGCCGCCCUCGCCCGCCUCACAAGCUCAACCACAUCGUCUACGUCGUGGGCGAAGAAGGGGGAGGGAAGGAAGGCGAGGCUGCCUUCGGCACUUCCGCCGCCGCUGAGAUGGCCUCCUUCCUCGCCUUUGCGGAGGCGUUGGCGAGAGCGGGGACGUCUUCGUGCCGUCCCCUCCCUGAGGCAGUCGUCGUCACCCGCGGGGUUCACCCUUGUUUGGACGGCGAUGAGGCGGAGGGGUGGCCCAUGUCUUGGCUGCCGGGAAUCCUGCGGUCUCUCGCCCUGCAGUACCCUCAACUCAAGAUGAGGCACGUUGACAUGCCCGGCGCGGCCGCUGCGUCGGAGUCGGAGUCGGCUCUGGACCUUGUUACUCUUCUCCAAGACGACGGCGGCGAUGGCCGACUGGGCGAGCCGGAGGUUUGCUUGAGAGCAGGGAAGCUUUUCGCCCCACGUUUGGAGGCAGGGCGGACCGUGGAGGUGCUCCCCUCAGGCGACCGGUGCCCGCUGUCGCGACACCUCUCCCCUAGGGGAUCGUACGUCGUCACCGGGGGUACCGGCGGCAUAGGGCUAGAUCUCGCCUUGAGGUUCGCCAGGGCUGGCGCCGGCGGGCUGGUGCUGCUCAGCAGGCGAGGCAAGGGUUUCCUGGAGGGUCUGAAGGCCGACUCGCCGAGGGGACGCGCUUGGUCCGCUCUGUCCGCGAUACACACCACUAAGGUGGUCGUUCUCCGGUGCGAUGUAACCGUCCGCAAAGACGUCCAAACCGCUCUGGGGACCGCGGCCUCCGCCGAGGCGGGUUUGCCUCCCGUGCGAGGCAUCGUUCACGCCGCCUGUCCUCCCCAGGCCGGGGGAGGGGGCGAAGAAGACAAGGGGGCGAAGUCGGAAGCGGAUCGGUGGUUCCUCGAAGCCAAGGUGGCGGGGGCACUGAAUCUGUCUGGCGUUGCUUCAACCAUGGGGCUUGAGCUGGACUUCCUUGUGCUGUUUUCUUCGGCUUCCGCGGUGCUGGGAUUGUCGGGGGAGCCAGGGUACGCGGCGGCGAACGGGUGCCUCGACGGCCUCGCCUGGCACUUGCGGAGAUCUGGGGGGAUGAAGGGGAUGAAGGUCUCGAGCGUUCAGUAUGGGCCUUGGGUGCAGGCUGGGACCGCCGUAGAUAGGAAGGGGGCUGUGGAAGCUCUUGAGACCCUUGGACACCUGGGGGUGACGAACGAUGAGGGUUUCUCCGCACUAGGAGCCUUGAUAGGGGACGUUUCGAAAGCGUCCCCUGGUGCGGUGUGCUCGCCCGUGGCGGCCGUGAUGCCCAUGGACUGGGAAACGUACUCGUCCGUCUUCCCGGGGGUUCCGCCGUUUCUCGCGCCGUUGCUGAGGGCCGACGCACACGGGGGGGGGGGCAGGGGCAGGGGCGGGGCCCCGCUGAGCAGGGAAGAAGUCGUGGAGGUGCUUCUCGAGACUGCUCGCCAGGUGACCGGGUGGGACGGAGAGCUAGGAGAGUCCGACAGCCUGAAGGAACAGGUUGGCAUGGACAGCCUGCAGGCCGUAGAGUUCCGCCGCAUUAUCUGCAUGCAGCUUGGACGAAGAAGCAUCCCGACCACCCUGGCCUACGACUGCCCCACCGCCGGCAAGAUGGCCGACGAGCUCCUCCGUACGGCACCGCCUUCCGCCUCACCGAAACCCAUGAUCGCCAACAGCAAGAAGGCGCUUCCUCAGACAGGUGCCACGAGAGCCGUGGCCGUUGGUGCCCCUUCUCACGGGGUUCCGUCGCGUGCGGUUGGGGGGGGGAAGGGGGGGGGUGAUGAUGGCGAGGCGGCGGCGGCGGGGGGCGAGUGGGAGGAGGAGCGGCAUCUGGACAACGUCCUCUACCUCGUUUACAAGGGUUAUAAGUAA